AUGACCAAUACGUCUGAAUCAAAGGUUUCGUCCGAUGCUACUCAAAGGCUGCACAAUGAGCAGCCACAAGUCAGUAACACCAAAGUGGGAAAGGAGAGAUGCACUAUUCAUGACCUAGAAACAGCGGUCCCUCCAACCUUUAAAGCGAGAAUCCAUAGAUUUUUUUUCAAGCAUGGUUUAGCUGCCAGGCCUCCGUACUUGCAAGAAAUUUAUGCACAGAUUCCCCGAAGAGUUUAUGUUAAUACGGAUUUACCCGAGGACUCCGUUCAUCAAGAUACACAGAAGCCUCUCAUUGAGAUGCCACGAAACAAAAUUAGAUCCACAAAGUAUACGCCACUAUCCUUCAUUCCCAAGAAUUUGGUUUAUCAGUUUGAGAAUAUCGCAAAUAUUUAUUUCUUGGUGCUUGUCAUUUUGGGAGCAUUUCAAGUCUUCGGUGUCGAAAGUCCAGGGCUAGCAGCUGUUCCAUUGAUCGUUAUUGUUUGCAUUACGGCGAUCAAAGACGGCUUUGAGGACUUCAGAAGAGUCGUCAGUGAUGCGGAGCUUAAUAACUCGCCGAUUCAUUUGUUGACUGGCCUCCACAACAAAAAUGUCACUACUGACUAUGUCAGCCCUUGGAGAAGGUUCAAAAAGAGCUGCACCCGUGGUACUGUCAGAACUUUCAAGUGGUUAAAGAAAGUUUGCAUCAAAUUGUUUGCAAGCAAAGAGAAAAAACAGGAGUUCAAUCAAUCUGUAUUGCAGGCGAGAGACAAUGAAUUGCGGAGAGUUUCAACAGUGCAUUCGGAGCGCUCAUAUACCUCGUUCCACCCUCGAUCGUCUAUGACUUCUCAGAAUCCAAGGAAGUCGUUUCAGCUGCAUAAAGUCCGAGCCCCAACGAAACCAUCGGCAGACUGCCUAUUGAACCCUAAAUUGCAGGAAAGUAGGACCCUUGAUCCUUCAAGCAAUGCAACUUCAUUUAAAAAUAGAAGAUGGAAGGAUGUUAAUGUUGGAGAUUUUGUCAGAGUUCGUGCUAAUGAGGGUGUACCAGCUGAUAUGGUUAUUAUAUCAACGUCGGACGAUGAUGGGAUUUGUUACGUGGAGACUAAAAAUUUAGAUGGCGAGACAAAUCUUAAGACCAAGAGCUGUCUCAAAUCUGGUGGCCGAGAUCAUCUCAAGCAUUCUACUGAUCUUGGAAACACCAAGUUUUGGAUUGAAUGUGAUCCACCUAAUGCGCACCUUUACUCUUUUCGCGGUACCAUUCACUAUGAGAACUAUGAUGAACAAGGAACCUUACUUAACUCUGACGAAAAGGAGGCGAUCACCUACGACAAUGUCCUUUUGCGUGGUUGCGCUUUGCGUAACACGAAAUGGGUCAUAGGUGUGGUUGUUUACACAGGUAGUGAAACGAAAGUGGACAUGAAUAGUGGAAACACCCCUGUCAAAAAAUCGAGGAUUUCCAAUGAACUUAAUUUCCUGGUGCUCAUUAACUUUUUGGUUUUAUUCAUAUUGUGCUUUGUUUCGGGGCUCAUAAAUGGGUUGUUCUACAACCGUGAGAAUGAAUCUCGGCGUUAUUUUGAGUUUGAGCCUUAUUCUCCAACAUCUGCGGGAAACGGUGUCCUUGCCUUUUUUGUGGCUUUAAUCAUUUAUCAAUCCUUGGUGCCCAUUUCCCUUUACAUCUCCAUCGAGAUCAUCAAGACCGCUCAAGCCUUCUUCAUUCACUCCGAUAUUAAGAUGUAUUAUCCCAAGCUAGACUUUCCAUGCAUCCCACAAUCAUGGAACAUCUCUGAUGAUUUGGGCCAAAUAGCAUACAUUUUCAGUGACAAGACAGGAACAUUGACACAAAAUGUUAUGGAGUUUCGCAAAUGCACCAUCAACGGAAAAUCAUACGGCCUCGCGUACACUGAAGCGAAGCAGGGUAUGGACAAGCGGAGUGGGGUUGACAUAUUAGCUGAGUCCGAACGUUGGAAAAAGGCAAUCGAGAAAGAUCGUACCGAGAUGGUUAAUAAUCUCGAGGCCUACGUGAAAAAUGAUCAAUUUAGGGAAUCGGCAUUGACAUUUGUUUCCAAUCAGUAUGUUGAAGAUACUAUUCUCCCAGACAAGAUCAAUAACGAGGUCAAACACUCCAAUGAGAAAUUUAUGUUGGCUCUCGCUGUCUGCCAUACUGUUGUUACUGAACCAGAUGCGGAGGACGAGAAGCUUAAUGAGUUUAAGGCGGAGUCCCCCGAUGAAGCUGCGUUAGUAUCUGUUGCGAGAGAUUUAGGUUUUGUUUUCAAGCUGAGAAAUCGAACCAGCAUUGAAUUAGAAAUCUAUGGUGAACGUAAAAGGUUCCAAAUGCUCCAUUUGAUUGGAUUUACUUCUGCGAGAAAGAGGAUGUCGUGCAUCGUGCGUGAUGAUGAUGGGCGCAUCUUAUUGAUAUGUAAAGGCGCAGACAGUGUCAUUUAUCAGCGGUUGUCUCGAGAAGCAAGUAAGGACGAGAUUCUUAAAAAGACAGCACUUCAUCUUGAGGAUUUCGCCAAGGAAGGGCUUCGUACACUCUGCAUUGCGCAGAGGGAGUUGGAUCAAAAUGACUUCACUGAUUGGCUACUGAGAUACAAGGAGGCAUCUUCCUCUAUAGACGAUGAUAGAGACGAAGCCAUUGAUGCCCUUAAUGACGAGUUGGAAUGCAACUUGGAGUUGUUGGGUGGCACGGCAAUUGAGGAUCGAUUACAAGAGGGUGUUCCAGACUCAAUUUCAAUAUUGGGUGAGGCAGGAAUAAGACUAUGGGUUUUGACUGGUGAUAGGAUUGAAACUGCUAUUAACAUCGGAUUCUCUUGCAAUUUGCUUGGAAAUGAUAUGAGACUUCUUGUUGUGCGUGUGAACGAGGACGAUCCUGAGAACGUGAAUCACAUCGAUAACUUACUUUCUGAAUAUCUUGGUGAAGUCGCCGGAUUACACGACCAAUCACACGCCAACAUUGAUGAAGCUCUCAAUCAAGCAAAGAAGGACGUGUCUAUGCCGAAAGCCAAUACAGCCUUGAUUGUGGACGGUGGCGCUUUGACUCAUGUGUUUGGAGAUCGCACGGGAGACAUGAUGUUGCAGAAGAAAUUCGUUCUUCUUGGGAAACUUUGCAAGUCGGUAAUUUGCUGUCGUGUGUCACCUGCGCAGAAAGCUCAAGUUGUUCAAGUUGUGAAGGAAAAUCUCAACGCAAUGUCGCUAGCGAUUGGUGACGGAGCCAACGAUGUUGCUAUGAUUCAAGCCGCCAACGUCGGGGUGGGAAUCGCGGGUGAAGAAGGUAGGCAGGCUGUUAUGUCUGCUGACUAUGCCAUCGGUCAAUUUCGCUUCCUCACGAGGCUUUUGCUUGUACAUGGCCACUGGUCUUAUAAAAAGCUCGCAGAAAUGAUUCCAUGCUUCUUUUAUAAGAAUGUUGUGUUCACGUUUACAUGUUUCUGGUUUGGCAUCUACAACGACUUUGAUGGAUCUUACCUUUACGAGUACACUUUUUUGAUGUUUUACAAUUUGGCUUUUACUUCGCUACCAGUUAUCUUUCUUGGAAUCUUUGAUCAAGAUGUCAGUGGUGCAGUGGCACUCAUAGUUCCACAGCUUUAUCGGUCAGGCAUAUUGAGUUUGGACUGGUCUCAAUUCAAGUUCAUCUGGUAUAUGAUGGAUGGGCUUUAUCAGUCGGUGAUUGCACCCAAGGAUGUCGACAUCAUCCGUGAGAAAAUGAGAGAUGGUGCUUACCAAAACUAUCCUACUGACUACGAUCCCACGGAUCUUCAAGAUGUGGAGAGGCAGCGUAUUUUACAACGCUUGAAUGAGGGCGACACCGAGCUCUUAGAAAAGGUCAAGAACGCAAUAGAGCCUAGUGACGAUAGAGAUUCAGAUAAUGGACUGGAUGAUAACAAAGUUUCCAGAGCGUUUAAAUCCAUUCGCAGAGGUACCAUUUCAAGAUCCCGGAACAAUACCUUACGUUCAAGAAGAGAAACUAUUAGUGAUCAAGCCAAGUUCAAUCAGAAGUUGCUUAUAGACAUGUUCGAUUACUGUCUCUUAAGUCUGUCCAGCCGUGGUGGUUUCAAAGCCUCUAAAUUGGUUUUUGAUAAUGAAGUGCAAGUUAUCGCUGACCCAAGUUGGGAUGGAAACGAUGUGAAUGAUGUUGAUUUCAUGGAACAGUUUUUGAAAGGAAUUAACUUGAUCCUCUUAUCACACUCUACGCCAGAAUUCAUAGGCGGUUACGCUUUAUUAUGUUCCAAGUUUGAAUCCCUCAUGGCGGCCAUUCCGGUCUAUUCGACAGUUGCAGUCAGUCAAUUGGGAAGGGUUUCCACAGUCGAGUUUUACAGAGCAAAGGGACUACUUGGUCCGGUGGCCCAGGCAAUGUUUGAAGUCAGUGAUAUCGAUGAAUAUUUUGACAAAAUUAUACUGAUUAAGUACUCACAGAAUGUGAGUGUUCUAGAUAAUCCUGCAAUCCAAGGUGCAGCAAUACCUGUUUAUUUCCUUUCUUACUCUGGAACGAAAGUACUCAAUUACGCAUCAGGACUCUCUGAUUGGAUGGCGUCAAACAUCAUGAAGGACCACGAGGGGUUUCAAAGUGAAGAUAAGGCGUUUUUUGGCACAUCAUUUGACCCCUCGAAGGUGGAUCUCCUCAUUGAUCCGUCGGAGCUCACUCGCUUCCCUGGUCCCAAAAUUGUGUUCGCCUCAGGGGUCGAGAUGGAAGACGGUGACCUUUCGACAAAGGCACUUUCGUUGCUUUGUCUGGAUGAAAAAACAACGAUUAUAUUGACUGAAAAAGGCGCUCUGCUGAAUAAGGAUUCUUUGUCAUCGCAGCUCUAUUCUGAAUGGCAUAAUCUUGUUUCGCAAAAAAAUGCUGGUGUCGUCGAAGAUGGCACGCCAGUUCCCAUCGAAAAGCAUAUACCAGCAAAUUUCUUUUUUGAUGAACUUUCUUUGAAAGGUACAGAGCUAUCCACGUUUCAAGCUGAGGUUUCUGGUCGCAGGCAUCAAAAAGCAUUGAGCAAAAUGAAGUCUAAGCGGGCUUUGAAUCUCCUUCAUUCGAGUAUUCAGUCAGAUGAUUCAGAUGAAGAUGAUGAAGAGAUGGAGAACGAUAAUUUGUCAGACGAUGUUGAUGAAGUAUCGCUCGAUAAUCUGUCUUCGAAAAUUAGCAACAUUAAUCAUUCUGACCUGAAAGACAUUGUCGGGGAUAUGGUCGACCCAGGACAUCAUAUUAUUCAAGCGAAAUCGCCAAAAAAUGAGUUUUCUAUCGCUUCGAGCACAGGGGGUGAUACUUAUCAAUCAUCAAGACUGACAGCACAGCCAAAUGUGCUUUCUGUGCCAACUAUUGACGAGAGUUACAUAACAGAUUUUAUUCUCGAAAGAUGUGAAAACAAUAAACCUGUGGAUUUCCGCAUCACGACGAGAUUCCGGCCUAGACAAGCAAUGUUCCCGAUCCUUGGCUCCAAACGAAAGAAGGUCGAUGAUUACGGGGAAGUGAUUGAUCCCAAAAGAUUUAGAAAAGAGGACGAGCAAAAUGUUAAUUCGAGACUCAUAUCUGAAAGCAAGAAAAAAUUUGAAGAAGGUCAUGGGAGAGAAUGGGGCAACGUGGAUGGAAGAAGGGAGAGGAAUAGGAAUGAUCGAGAGAGAUUUCUAGUGGACAGCAAGCUCACGCCUCAACAAGUUCUAAACAACGAUAUUUUAAGAAAGUAUCUUGAUACCACGUUCAACCCUAUCAAAAGGGUGAGAAUGACUAGACGCGCCGGAAUUGUGAUCCGUUGCGGUUUAGCCUUCAUUGAUUUUUCGGGCUAUGCUGACGCACGAUCUAUGAACUUGGUGAUCUCUUCGCUCAGACCUUCUCAUCUUAUUAUAUUGCCCGAUAACUCAUUCAUGGAUGGACUUCAACCUGGUAUCGACGGAGCCGCUCUAGUUGCUAAAGCGCACAUAAGAACUACAAGUGCCGAAGGAUUCUCAGGUUCUACCCUACCAUCUGAAAUUGUCAUGAAGCUGAGCAGUUUUUUCUCUCAAAAAUCUCUCAAGUCAUCGAUAGCAGCGGAGAUGCAAGUGAGUGUCGCUAAACCCAACACACCCAUCGAAGUUGGCAAAACUGGCCAUAGUGUCAGCACUGGAGAAUUUGAGAUAUCCAUUGAUGACAACCUUUGGGCGGAACUCAAUUGGCGGUCCAUCGACAAAAAGUAUAAGGUUGCAUAUGUUUCUGGAUUAUUUGACGUGUGUGCCAAACCCUCGGACAAUGGGGCGGAAAACGCAUCUGAAUCUAUCGUGCUGAUCGAUCUCAAAGCCGCAUCUGCUUCGCAAGAUUCGAUCGAACUUUGCGGCAACGACCAUGAAGGAAAGCAGGCGAUUGGUCUGAUAAGAAUGCCAGAAUUGAAAAAGAAGUUGAAGAUUCUCGGAUUUGAAGCUGAGUUUAAAGGCGAGGGAACCUUAGUAGUGGAAGAUGCAAUUGCCGUUAGGAAAUCAGAUGCCUAUGAUAGCGGCGAUACUGGUCUUGGCGAUAUUAUUAUAGAUGGCCAUGUGGGGCCCACUUACUACAAGGUGAGAAAAUGCAUUAGGAGCAUGUUAGCAUACGUUCAAUAA